AUUCACGAAGCUGCAGAGUUGCCAUGUUACAGCUGUUGCUGCCUGCAGUUAACCUGAAAUUUAUUAUUGGCGAGGCUUUAUUGUUUAAAACACCCAGGAUAAACGGCCUACUCAAGAUGACCAACAAUGAUGCAGCAGUAGAAGCUCCUAGUUCGAGUCGUGCUAGCUCCAGUAAACAGCAGCCCAAAUUGGAAAUCACCGAGAAAGUGCGCGUCCUUUGCCUUCACGGAUACCGCCAAGACGGGGAUGCAUUCAAAAACAAAUUAGGAUCAUUCCGAAAAUUUACUUCAAAAUAUGCCGAAUUUGUGUUCAUCUCUGCGCCGCACAUUGCAGCACCGCUAGAGUCCGCCGCCGAGCCGGUUCCAGAGCAGCGCAGUUGGUGGGCCAACAAAGAUGAUGGCACAUUCAAGGGCACCAACAAGGGGGGACCGGCUUUUGGCUUCCAAGACAGUCUGCGCCUUGUGGAAGAGGCCUGGAAGACGCAAGGACCGUUCCAAGGACUCCUUGGGUUUUCCCAAGGGGCCUGCUUCGUGGGUUUGAUUUGUGGUCUGGCCAAAAAAAAGUUGACAUCCAUCCGGCCUGAGUUUGCUGUGCUUUCCUCGGGCUUUGUGUCCGGCAGCCUGGUGCAUAUGAGUGCCUACGAAGAGCCUGUCAGCAUACCCACCCUCCAUAUCUAUGGCUCAAGCGAUGAAAUCAUACCCAAAGACAUGAGCGCAUUGCUGACGUCACACUUCAAGAACGUCGAGGUCCUGGAGCACGGCGGCGGCCACUACUUUCCGGCCACGGCGCAGCAGAAGCAGACGUACAUCAACUUCUUUCAAGAUCGGCUGCAGGAGUACUUGGAGCAUUUGGAGCUGCAGCAGAGCAGCAGUGUCUCGUUCAUCGAGAGCGGGGCGGAGGACAACGACGACGAUGGCGAUGCGAACGAUGCUGAGGUGGCCGCUGCAACGGCGGCCGCCGGCUCGGAUCUGGACGAUAGUGAUUAGCUGAUUUUGUUUCUUUCUUCGUUUUUAAUAAUAAUUAAAUCUUAUUAUUACAAAAAUAAUAAUUUUAAUUUAAAUUAUAAUAAAAUAGUUAGGAGCCCAAUAAUUUUGUUGAAAUAUUCACCGUUUUCACUGCUUUUCUGGCUGUAGUAGGAUUUAGUAUUGAGGAUUGCAAUAGCUUUUAACUUUUUUUAUGACUGUGUAUUUUUUUCUUCAACAAAUUCGUAUUAAUUCCAUAAUAAAGAAAAAUAAAUUGUGGGUAAAGGUUAAAGCCGAAUAUUUAAAAUCCCAUUCCAAGAGUACAA